AUGUCCAGCGGUGGAUCGCAACAGCCACCACCAUACAAACCAUACCGCCACAUAAGAACCCUGAGGGCCCACGAGCGAGCCGUCUCGUGCGUAAAAUUCUCAAACGACGGAAAGCUCCUGGCAUCAGCCUCCUUGGACAAAACCCUAAUACUAUGGUCGUCUCCCGACUUCUCCCUCAUCCACCGCCUCAUAGGGCACUCCGAAGGCGUCUCCGACCUUGCCUGGUCCUCCGACUCUCACUACAUCUGCUCCGCGUCCGAUGACCGCACUCUCCGCAUCUGGGACUCACGCGCCCCCUUCGAUUGCCUUAAAAUCCUCAAGGGCCACUCUGAUUUUGUAUUCUGUGUGAAUUUUAAUCCUCAGUCGAAUUUAAUCGUCUCGGGGUCUUUCGAUGAAACGAUUCGAAUUUGGGAAGUGAAGACGGGGAAAUGUGUUAGGGUUUUUAGAGCUCAUUCUAUGCCGGUGACGUCAGUGCAUUUUAACAGAGAUGGUUCUUUGAUUGUUUCAGGGAGUCAUGAUGGGUCUUGUAAGAUUUGGGAGGCUUCUUCUGGUACUUGUUUGAAGACUCUCAUCGAUGAUAAGAGCCCUGCUGUGUCGUUUGUUAAAUUCUCGCCAAAUGGGAAGUUCAUUCUUGUUGCUACUCUUGAUAGCACUCUUAAACUUUGGAAUUACGCCACGGGGAAGUUCUUGAAGAUUUACUCAGGUCACACUAACAGAGUAUACUGCAUAACCUCAACAUUCUCUGUGACAAAUGGGAAAUACAUCGUGAGUGGGUCUGAAGACAAGUGUGUUUAUUUGUGGGAUCUCCAGCAAAAAACUAUGGUUCAGAAACUAGAGGGCCACACCGAUACUGUCAUUUCUGUAACAUGCCACCCAACAGAGAACAAGAUAGCUUCUGCAGGCCUUGAUGUUGAUAGAACAAUCAGAAUUUGGCUUCAAGAUUAA